AUGGGUAAUCAGUAUCAUAAACCAGCGGUAACUAAUGACGACGAAAUUGAACCUUAUACUCGUCAGAAAGGAGGAUCACCAUACACUCGCUCGGGCAUACCUCCACCUUCUACCAUUCGAGGUGAUAAAGUGCCACAUUUGAAACUGGAACCGAUGAGCUUAGAACUACAUAUGGCUGAUGAACGAGCACGAGCAGCUGGACUCACACCAGCUGAAAGAGAGUGGCGAAAAAAAUGGGUGUUGGACCAACAUCUGCAUCCGGACGAGCCAAUCCAUGUUGAUGCCGUACAUAGACAGCUUAAUCCUAUUCGCGUUUUAUAUCGUACACCGAUGGAUAGACUUUACAAGCAUUUCCUAAAGCCUACAUUUGGUGUGUAUUAUGGUUCAUUCAUACGUGCUGUAGUUCCAAAACUGGUUAUUGGAUGGUUUCUAAUAGAAGUUGGCUAUUACUAUUGGAAGUAUGAGAGUAGGGGAUGGGAAACUUUGCGUGGAAACGAUCUAAGUUAUCCUUCCGAACGCUUUUGGGCUGAUCAGGAACUGAAAGAAAGAUAUCCAGAUCUGUUUAAAGCAGGUAGACCCAUUCAGCCAGAAAACAAGUUUGAACCACGAUCAUUUACUGAACGUUCUGCACUUCUGGACCUCGGUCCUUCCUCGAGACCGUGGUGA